GUUUUUGUUUGCACUUGUCACCAAAAUGAAUCUCUCAUUUCUCAUUGAUUAUGUCAGAAACAAGAAGAAUCCAGAUUUCAAUGAAUUUGUGAACAGCAGUCUAGAAAACAUUAUGGCUGUCUCCUAUGGAUUCCAAGGCAAGUCCCCGGAUCUACUGUUUGCGUAGUGGCGACGAGAAUUUGCACUAGAGUUGAACAGGCAAAACAAGGACCCUCACCUCCUCCAAAAGUAAGUACAAUGGACGAUUGUUAUAUCACAAAGAUACUACUGCUUUUUUAUCGUAGGAAGAUCGCGUACAAUGAACAAAAAUGGGUAGAAGUCAAGAAUGCUAUCACCACCUUGAAGGCUUGAAAUCUUUAGCAGAUUCUGCCACAUCAUCACGCCACAUCUUGACCUUGACCAAUGCACCUGCUGACGAGUCUUCCAACGCAUCUAUUAACGAUGCCACCAGCAGCUCACCUAUGGAUGAUACGACCAAUCCACUUGUUGAUGAUACUGGUCAACAUGCUGAAGAUACCAUCGAUGAUAACGACGGCUUUCUUUUCCCUGGUGCUGAUGACAUCUUUAGUGCUGAUCAUCGAGACUUCCAACUGCACAGACUGACGUACAAAAAGGUCAUCCUAUCGUCCUUGCCCAACCAUUUGGAAACCAGACUUGAUUACAUCCCCAAGACUUCUCAACUGGACCCUGAUACUUUGGGGUAUAUCGAACGAAUUCUUGACUUUCACUCAGAUGUUGAUGGUAUUCUCGAAUAUAUUAUGGUAACCAGGGCAGUACUGAUCAGUGGUCACAAACGAAAUACCCAGCAAUAUACCAACCUGGCCAUUAUCGAACAAAUGGUGAACAACCUAUGUCUUUGGUCGGAGAAACGUGAUGAAAGUGAAGCAACAUUCUACCGGCGGUUAGCUUCGAUUCUAGAUACCUUGCUGGUGGACUCUGGCGUGAUCCUUGCUGACGGUGAAACAAGUUUGCAGUCAUCGAAGGUGGCUAUCGCAAUGAACACGGCAAUAUUCCAUACCAGUGAUAUGUCCCAAGCUUAUGGUCGAAAGAUUGAUAUGAUCUUGAAAUGCUCAUCUAAUGUCAAGGUGGAUAUUUCUAGCAACGAAUGGAAAAGGGCUAUGAUUAGCAAAUCGAUCAAACUUCACCAGCAAUCGAAAAAUCUACGCUUGAACACAUCUAACCUAUUCAGCCUCAACACCAAGUUUGGAGUGAAAUUCACUGUUGUGAUGGACUUUGUGGGAAAUUCUGGAUACCUGUACCUUCUGUGA